UUUAGAUUCCUUUCAUCAUCCGAUUUACAACAAUGGCCGAAUCACUGUUCACCUAUCGUUAUAAUGAUAUUGUACGUGAUGCUCCAACUUUUGGAUAUGGUACAAAACAUGUUAGCAUGAAUUCAAUUUGGACAUCCAGUGACACAAAACGUGCCGUUCUAUUUUCACUGGUACCAGGUGCAUUAUCGUCAUAUGUCGCAGCAUCAUUUAGGAAGGAAAAAAAUUUGUUCGAUUGGUGGUUUGCAUUAAAUAAACCAAAUUGGGCACCGGAAAAUCCGGCAAUUUAUGGUUUACUCGAUGUCGUGACAAUUGCGCCCGUCGGUUGGGCGUCAUAUAUGGCAUAUAAGUAUGGCGGAGGUCUUGCACAUCAUGAUACAAAGUUAGCAUUGGCAUUAUAUGGUAGUAGUAUGAUUUGUGCAUUUCUUACAAUGCCAUUGGUGAUAAGAAAGAAUUGUCGUUGUUUAUUCCGUAACACGCUUAUAAUGCAUUUGACUGCAGCUGGAGCAGCACUUACAUUCUUUAAGAUUGAUCACAACGCUGGCUUAUUAUUAGUACCAUACGUUAUGUGGACAGGCUUUUACACGUUCCUCACGUACGCCAUGAAAAAAAUGAACACAUCUGAAGCAAGUGAACAUCCAACUCUUUAAACAUUGUAAUUUUCGAAAUUUCCUUUUUUUUUACUUGUUUACUCCUCUCUCCCUCUCUCUCUCUCCCUUUUCUGCUUCAAAAAUUCAAAUGCAAUUUAUUACAUUCUUUGUCCUUAUUUCAUUUAACAAUUUUUUCUUUCCAAAGUUUCUGAAUGUUUUUCUUUUUUCUGUACUUUUUUUUCAAAGCAUAUUUUAAAUAGC